UGGGCUGCGUAUCUCCGGACGUGCCAGCUGCAGAGAGUCACCUUGCCUGCUAUCCCCGACCCGGUUAGAGCAGCUGCACCGCCCGGCUCCAGAGCCACACACACACACACACGCAGCGGGAUUCAUAACCGAGACUCAACGGACCCGAGUGAAACAUGGCAGAAGGAAAGGCCAAGACGUCACCGAAGGCCAUCAAGUUCCUGUUCGGCGGCUUGGCCGGGAUGGGUGCGACGGUCUUCGUCCAGCCCUUGGACUUGGUGAAGAACAGGAUGCAGCUCAGUGGUCAGGGGACGACGGCGCGGGAGUACAAGACCAGUUUCCACGCGCUCUUCUCCAUCCUGAGGAACGAGGGCGUGGGAGGCAUCUACACCGGUCUGUCGGCAGGUCUGCUGCGUCAGGCGACGUACACGACAACCCGUUUAGGAAUCUACACCAUCUUGUUUGAGAAGAUGACGAGUGCCGACGGACGGCCGCCGAACUUCUUGCUCAAGGCUCUGAUCGGUAUGACGGCGGGAGCCACAGGAGCGUUUGUGGGGACGCCGGCGGAGGUGGCGCUCAUCAGGAUGACGGCUGAUGGACGUCUCCCCGCAGACCAGAGGCGGGGCUACAGCAACGUGUUCAACGCCCUCGCUCGCAUCACCAGGGAAGAGGGUGUGACCACGAUGUGGAGGGGUUGUAUCCCCACCAUGGCUCGAGCGGUCGUGGUGAACGCUGCUCAGCUGGCGUCGUACUCUCAGUCCAAACAGGCGCUGCUAGACUCAGGUUACUUCGGAGACGAUAUACUGUGUCAUUUCUGUGCUAGCAUGAUAAGCGGCCUCGUUACCACGGCAGCGUCGAUGCCCGUCGACAUCGUGAAGACCAGGAUUCAGAACAUGAGGAUGAUUGACGGGAAGCCCGAGUAUAAGAACGGUUUGGAGGUGCUGGUGCGAGUCAUUGGCAAAGAAGGUUUCUUCUCGCUGUGGAAAGGUUUCACACCGUACUACGCUCGCCUCGGUCCGCACACCGUGCUCACCUUCAUCUUCCUGGAGCAGAUGAACCGACUGUACAAGAGCCACGUCCUGGAACGCUGACACAAAUGCACUUACACACACACACACACUGUCACAAUACAAUGAAGCUCAACGAAAUACAGUGAUGAAACUGGAGUGUAUAGGAGUGGAGUUACACACACACACACACACACACUAUUUUAAGUUAACUUCUUUUUGUAAAGAAAAGAAUGUGAAUAAAAUAAAUACUUAAAAGUUAUCAAUAGAUGUUUUCUAUCAUCAAUAAGUAAAAUAAAGUCUUAUUUGUAGAAACCACACCGCUUCAGGAAGCUUACAGGACAACUUAACAGUCCACAUGUUACGAUCUGUGUCUGUGAAUAAAACUUCCCGAACUCUU